AAAAAAUAAAAAUCAUUUUAGGAGAAAAUAUUUUUUAAAAAAAUAUUGUAACCAAAAAUUCCAAAACGCAACUUGUUGCGUAAAUAUAUAUUGUUGCGUUUUUAACGCUGCGAUUUGUUCGGAGUCGAAGAUCACCGUGGAGUCUUCCCCAGUUCAAGUCUGUGUUACAUUUCAUAAAAAGCACAAAGAUGGAGGGGACUGUUUUUGCCGCUGCGUUGGAAGGAAUGAAGGUUGUAAAGUCUGAACAAGGAGAAAUCCUGUCCCAGCCUUUCUUGGAUGUAUGCAAGCAAAUACUGCCUGUUAUAGAUAAAUUUGGAGCAGCCAUGGCCCUUGUAAAAUCUGACAUAGGUGGUAACAUAUCGAGAUUGGAAUCUAAAUAUUCCACCAAUCCAUCCGGAUUCAACCAUCUGUACAGUUUGGUACAAACAGAAGUUGAAAGUAACACGGCUAAGUCAUCAUCCAGUUGUACCAAUGGACUUCUUUGGCUUACAAGGGCAAUGGAUUUCUUGGUGGCAUUGUUCCGAAAUUUAAUCGAGCAUGAAGAUUGGUCAAUGUCACAAGCAUGUACAGAUUCAUAUAACAAGACUUUAAAGAAGUGGCAUGGCUGGCUUGCUAGUUCAAGCUUCACGCUAGCAAUGAAGCUGGCUCCUGAUAGGAAGAAAUUCAUGGAUGUGAUAUCAGGUUCUGGUGAUAUCACCGCUGACAUAGAGAGCUUUUGUACAAACUUCUCUCCUCUCCUUGAAGAGAAUCACAAGUUUCUGGCUCGUUUUGGCUUGGAUGAAAUGAAGGCAUCAUGAAGCAUGGAUUUGUGAUCAGAAUACUCCAAAUGAGUGGCUCUUCCAUUCUCAUUCUCAUUUGUUGUUGAAUCUAUAGACUCCUAUCACUUUUCCUCUAUGGAUUCAUAUCAAUUUGCAAUUUAGCAUGAUAAACAGUGAGAAUAUAUAAUCAUGUUCGGCAUAUUGGAUCAUGUUGUGCUUGUUGGUGUAAAAUCUUAACAUUAUAUACAAUUUGGAUAACAGCUGUUUGAACUCCAGUUUAUAGCAUGUGGCUAACUGGUUAUAUAAAAGAUAGGAUUACUGAGUUACAGAAAGAAUUUGUCAAUUUGAAUAUGUCUGGUCUUUUUAAUUUAAGCUGAAUCUGAUUGUGCUUUA